GGGAAUACGAGUAAGCGAACGUAAAGCGGCCAAUGACUCAUCCGGCACCCGACUUAAGAAUAGCGUCAAAGAUGGCUGGGCAUUGGAGAACCUCAUAUGUCUACAAAAGCAUCACCAAUAACUCAUCAGUCAGCUACAUUCAAUCACUGUAGCAUUUACCCAAUUAUUGCACUCUCCAGACACAUUAAUCACCAUGGACUACUCAACAGAAGACAUCGUCAAUGCCUACAAGUCCAAUCAGCUCGAGUACAUCCGAGCCGACAAAACUGAUGAAACCCUCAAAAAGGUCUCUCUCGCCAUCCUUCAAGACCCAGUCAUCCAGGCUCUGUCAGCACCGACUAUGCUCUUGCCAAAGGGGCCGAAGGAGGUCGACUCAUAUAUAGACUCUGUAGUCAACUCUCUGCUCGGUGUCGCGAUAUGUCUCAGAGAUGAUGGCGACGACGAGAAGACAGAAGACAAAGAGAAGAAGCCCCGAACUAUUAUUGGCGUCAUGUGCAUCGGGUGGGGAGGUAUCUCACCAACAGUCGCUCAUCACCGGACUGCUGAGAUUGGUAUCUCUCUUAUUAAAGAGUACCAAGGCAAAGGAUACGGAAGAGAAGCGAUCAACUGGAUGGUGGACUGGGGUUUCCGGCACGCCGGUCUGCAUACGAUUGGUAUCACUACUACCAAUUACAAUCCACGAGGAGCAUAUCUUUACGAGAAUAUCGGUUUCAGGCUGGAAGGCAGAAGACGAGACACUAUUUGGAUGAAUCGCAAGUGGUACGACCUGAUCGAGUUUGGAAUGACGGAAGACGAAUGGGAAUCACUUCGGGGCCUCGAUACGAAAGACAAGUAG